AUGCUUUUUGCUGGAGAUGAUGUUGAAUCACAAACUCAUCAGUCUCUUAAAAACAUCAGAGAAGUAGUUCAGUCUGCUGGUUUUACUAUGCGGGAUGUUGUUAAGACCACUUUGCUUUUAGCCGAUAUGAAUGAUUUCGGGAAAGUUAAUACGAUAUAUGCACAAUAUUUUGCAGAUCCAUAUCCAGCUCGGGCUACUUACCAAGUUGAAUGUUUACCGAAAAAUGGGAAAAUAGAAAUAGAAGCAAUAGCAGUUCGGGAGGAAUCAGGAUCUCAAGGAAAUGAAAGCUUAGAAUAA